AUGUCACAUUCGCUCGCUACAUUCAAACCUUUAGUGAGCCAGUUGGCCCAGAGCAUACCUGUGCCAGCCCCGCCCACAGGGGCGAUGCGCCCCCCCAGUGCGCCUCUCUCACAGGACCAGAUUGAGAAGCUCUUGGCCCACUUUGCUGAUGUAGACUUUACCAGCAACCCCGCUCACCAUGCGGCCAUUGGCGCUGCGUUGACGUCGCUGCGUGUCAGUGGCAUUGAUCGCGAGCCCAGCACACUCACUUUCAUGCGCAAAAAGUUCCUCGACCAGGUUAUCCCAGUGCCUACCCCGACCAUGGAGGCGUCGCCUGGCACUGACUAUCAUGGGCUGGUUGACCUGGUCGGGACGGGUGGUGACGGGAAGGACACGUUCAAUGUAUCCACUACGGCCUCUUUCGUCGCUGCCGGCGUCGAAGGCAUGCAUGUAUGCAAACAUGGCGGCAAAGCGUCGUCUUCUACCUCAGGCUCGGCAGAGCUUCUGUUGUCGUUGGGCAUCCCUCUGCUGGACGUUCCUGCAGAGAAGGCAGCUGGGCUGCUAGGCCAAAGUUCCUGUGUGUUCUUCUGCGCGCCCAUGUUUCACCGCGCUAUGAUGCCAUUGGCACCGAUUCGGGCCUCGCUGGGUUUCCCUACUCUCUUUAAUAUUCUCGGCCCAUUAAUGAACCCUGCGCGACCGCAACGUGGUGUCUACGGUGUUCACAGCUCGGGUCUGGGCCGCGUAUACGCAGAAACGCUGCGUCUUGCAGGUAUGGAACACUUUUGGGUCGUCUGCGGGCAGGAAGGCCUCGAUGAAAUUAGCCCUGCUGGCCCUACGGAUGUAUGGGAAGUGGUUCGUGGCGAGAUUGUGCACCAGGUCAUUACACCUGCCGACUUUGGCCUGCCUACGCAUGAGCUGGAUCAGGUUCAGUCCGGUUCCGCUUCGCAAAAUGCGGCUGUUGUGAUGCAUAUGUUCUCGCACCCUAACGACCUGCCAGAUGCGCCUCUUGAUGCACCCCUCACUGUUGAUGGCCCUGUACCGACGGCCAAGUUGGAGCCUAUCCCGACGGGCACCAACCUUCGCGCGAUCUUUGACUACACGGUACUGCAAGCAGCCGCACUGCUGUACGUCGCUGGGUUCGGUCAGGGCGACAAGAAAGUGUGUGCCCAGCUGGCUAGAGACUCGAUCACAAGUGGUCGCGCUCUCGCAUCUCUGGAGCGUAUGCGCACACUCAUGCUGAACGCUCGUCCAUCUGCCACGUAG